AUGCGUUUCGCCGGUUAUUGCCUCAACAUUCCUCAUCCUCCACAUGAAUACGAGCCAGGUCUGAUCGAAGGUCAAGUUGAUGCUCCCAGGCUUCUUGGAGAACUAUGUUUUCGGAUUCCUAGUAAUACUAGGCUUCAGUGUAAUUUUUAUAUCCCCACCAAUAAAACUAACUUCUCCAGGAAUGCUCCACUUAUAAGAAUGAUAACAUUAGUCAAAGCAAAUAAAUUAAUUGGUAGAGUAAGUUCGUCAAAAGUCGAAAAUAGAGAAAUCAAAGAAAAUCAAUAUAGUUGUCAACAAAGUUCUUGUGGUCAAACAAAUAAAUUUAUUUCUCACGUUAAGUUAGCUCCUAUAAGUAUUCCAGUAUUUACUGGCGAAUACAGUGAAUGGAAACUUUUUUAUGAUUUAUUUUCUAAACUUAUACAUGUUAAUGCAAAUCUAUCGGAUAUUCAGAAAUUUUGCUAUUUGCGCUCAUCUUUAUCAGGAGAGACAGCAAAUAUUAUUAAAAGUUUAGAAACAACAGCGAAUAAUUAUGAAAUCGCGUGGAUAAUGUAA